GCUGUUCCUUGGCACACAGCUCUGGUCGCCCUUUCGGGCCGGGAAACCGCGGCUGAGCGGUAUGCGGGGGCGGGCCAGGGCACUGCAAGGUCGCCGGCCAGCAGCAGCCAAGCGCUGCCUUGGGGUUGCGCAGGCCCAGCAGCCACCGAUCUCCGGAAGACCGGGAGGCUCCAGCAGCUUCGGCACUCUGGGGGUGGGCGGCUUCGAGUUCUUAAAGACGUAUCCCUCCUGGUCACCGCUGACCGGUAUUUGAACGUCAGGACCACCGCUAUGUAAAGCGGCCUAAAAAGGCUGAAUGGAAAGUUUAUCCGACAAUAAAUAGGCCUUCCCCCCCAUAUAGUGCUACACCCCCAAAAUGCAAAGCGGAAUGGCCCAUAGUACCCCAAAUCUUCUUGUGCAUUUGACAAGAUCUCAGCCCUUUAUGCUGCUGCCUGCUCUCUCAGCCUUGCACAAUCAAAGAAAAACCAGAAACUUUUUACAGCAUUUCAGAUACACAACAGAGGUGACUUCGGAAGGAGAGAACAAAGCUACAGUUGAGAGCCUCUAUGAGUUAUCUGUGGAUAUAAAGAAGAUCCGUAGGCUGAAACCCUGGGUACUCUGUAAAGAAGUGACAUAUGCCAAAGAAACAGCUAAGAUUUUGCAAGAGAUGGGAGCUGACAGGAGUGACAUAAUGUAUAUUUUUGAGCGCUGUCCAGAGGCAAUCCUUUGUAGGCCUACAAGUAUCAGUUGUCAGAGAGACCUGUGGUUAUCUGUCUGCCCAAAUGAAAAACAAUUGGUGGAAUUGAUAAAACGCUUCCCAGAAACCUUUUUUACAGUUGAGCACUAUGAAAAACAGAAAGGUAACAUUAGACUCUUUAAAGAUGUGGGCCUAAAAAAUACCAUUAUCAGCAGACUCCUAACAAGUGCCCCAAACAUCUUUAACAAUCCUGUUGAGAAGAACAAACAUAUGUUAGAAACCUUACAAAGUAGCUAUCUACGUCUCGGUGGUUCACAAGAGAAUAUGAAAAUUUGGCUACUGAAAUUACUUUGUCAAGACCCAUUUAUUUUGUUAAAUAGCCCUGUUGCUGUCCAAGAAAACUUGCAGUUUCUUCAGAAGAAUGAUUUCACAAAUUUAGAAAUUGUAAGUCUCCUGUCCAGGCUCAAAGGAUUUAUUUUUCAGCUUAACACUGUUACUAUGCAGAAUAGCAUGUUGUUCUCAAAGAGUGUUUUCAAAUGCAGUGUUCAAGAAUUAAGACAGCUUAUUAUAAAAUGUCCUGCCCUUCUUUACCAUUCUGUUCCAGUUCUGGAGGAAAGACUGGAAAGGCUAUUGAAAGCAGGGAUUUCUGUAGGUCAAAUAAAGGACACUCCUGCAGUGUUGGAACUAACACCAGAAAUAGUCCAAUAUAGAAUUAAAAAAUUAGAUGCUAUUGGAUAUGAUAUAAGAAGAGGAAAUCUAGAAAAUGUGACUGGGACAAAAAAGGAAUUUGAAGCCACAUAUGGAAAGAUACAAGCAAAAAGAGAGAGACCAAUAUUUAAUCCAGUUGCUCCUUUACAUAUUGAAGAUUAAUUUCUACUUAAGUCAUGUUAUGGUGGGAAAAAGAAGUUACCAUGAACAUAUUUUUACAACUGCAAUAAACCAGAUCCAAUUAAUACUCUGAGUUGAUUUUUAGGCCUUUUCCAGACAAAAUUAAUUUUUUAAUAAAAAUGGAGCUAUGAGAGUAAGAGGAUUGCAUGCCUCCCCAUCUAUUAGGAAAGUCUAGUUAAUGAUGUAGUACUGCUAAUACUAAUUAUACUAAUCAACAACAAAAAAAGUGUGAUUCAGAAGACAAAGCUUUUGGAGAACUGUGUGUGUACUAUCAAAAUACGAAUGAAAUUCCAGUAUUCCAUAGAGGUACAGCCUGACCCUAUGCCUGUUUACUUAGAAGCCCUCUGCAUUCAGUGGCGUUUACUUCUUGGUAAGUGCGCCUUGGCGUGUAGUCAUGCCAGCCACAUGACCACGGAAACAUCUUUGGACAGC